UCUUUUUUUUUCCCGGUCUCUCUCUACGCAAUAGACUCGUGGGAAAUUUGAAUUAUUUCAGUAAAAUUGCACAAUAACCGUUAUUUGAAUUUUUAUUUGGCAAAACGGUAUGACGAAAUUAACUUUCUAACAACGAAAAUCGAAUUUUACUAAAUUUUAGUAUGUAUUUAGUCAUGGGGGAAUCACAAAGUAUAGAAAACAGUGCGUUCGUGAACACAACGCACGGACGUCACAACGCACCUUGUGCUGCUAUAACGAGAAGCUAAAUCAACUAGCUUAAAUUUGCGUUAUAAAGUAACACGGUUUUCUGGACUUCUCUUUAAUCAGUUAUUGUUGUAACUGUGGUUUGAAAAUGGUGGUUGACGACGUCCACCUCAUGAAUAUCCUGAAAGGAAAACGCAUCAAACUGACCCUCAGGACUUCAUCCUUCUUUGGUGACGUUCAACGAAUAAAUCCAAAUAGAUCGUUAGUUUUGAACGACGUUGUUGAUGCCAGUAAUGGCUGCAAAAUCCCAGGCUCGAAACUGUUCUUUGGCAACGAGAUUAUCAACGUUGAAUUCACAAGUGAAUCAAACAAUGACAUAAGAACUGUUCCAGACAGUUGUCCAGAAGUGGAAAGAUUCAAGCCUUAUAUGAAGAUGAUCACAAUCGAUGAUGAUGAUGAUGAGGGAGAGCGCGUCAACAUUGUUGUCAUCGACGAGUUUCAUGAGAAGUUUGCGCCAGCUGUAAUGCACAUCAAGAAGCAACAUGUGAUCGGUGUAGGAGCCAGUGGAGUGGAGUUGUUCAGACAUGGAAGACUAUGUUGGCUCCAGAUUGCUACUAAAAACAAAGUGUAUUUGUUUGACAUCCUACUGCUUGGAGCGCAGGCCUUUAAAAACGGUCUCUCUGCUAUUCUGGAGUGUAAGGACAUUUUAAAAGUGAUACAUGAUUGCCGAGCCAUUGCUGGAUGUCUGUCUGUACAGUUUGGACUAAAGAUGAAUAAUGUGUUUGAUACACAGGUUGCGGAUGUCAUGUGCUUCCACUCAGAGACAGGUGGGUUUCUUCCUGACAGAGUGUCCACUCUGCAGGAAGUGAUCAGUCUCCACCUGAAGGUGCCGUCCUCCAAGCUACGAUCCCUCGAGAGACAGUCUCAGUCCACUGAGGAGGAAAAGGAGAUGUGGUUCAUACGUCCCUGUCCUGUUACCCUGAUGAAGGCGAUGGCCCUGGCAGUGGUCCAUUUGCAGCCCCUCAGACUGGUGCUGAUGGAUACACUAAUGGUGGAUUACAUGACCCUGGUGGAUUCAUACAUUAACAGCAGCCAAUAUGAACCUGAUGAAUUGCAACACGUGGGCAAGGUUCUGGGAUCAGGUGUGUUCGAGCUCGAUCUCCAUCACUUUCAGAAUUCUCAAGGUUUGCUGGCAAAUGGACAGAGUUGCAGCAUGGGCGGCUGCGGCACAUUCUUCAGGGUUUGUUUGAAAAACUACCAAACCGUGGUGUCUCCCGGAGACUGCAUUUUUGGCAGAUCCGUUACACCUGUUCUGGGCAGCGGCUCCUUCAGCAUCCAGCAGCAGGACGGCAGGCUGCGGCUGCCGCUGAACUUCACCUGGCCGGGUUCUUUCUCCUUAGUUAUUGAAGCUUGGAAUUCUCCCCCGGCGGACCAACCUGGAGACACCACCAACCCCGAUUUCUUGAUUAGUUAUUUUGCCAUCCAAAGACAGUUGGGAAUAGGGCGUGAGUGGUCCCAGGAUGUGCAGAGCGGGACGCAGACGGAGCUCAGGUACUCAUACCGCUUCAUCUGCAAUGACAAUUACUACGGGGACACUUGUUCCAAAAAAUGUGCUCCGAGAGACGACCAUUUUGGCCACUACACCUGCAACCCUGAGGGGCAAAUAGUCUGUCUGCCAGGAUGGAAGGGAGAAUACUGCCAAGAACCGGUCUGCCUUGAAGGCUGCAAUGAAAGGAAUGGAAACUGCUCGUUACCAGGAGAGUGCAGGUGCAGGGAGGGCUGGCAGGGCCUCUUCUGUGAUGUGUGUAAACUCCAUCCGUCCUGUAAACACGGUACCUGUAAAGAGCCUUGGCAGUGCACCUGCAGAGAAGGCUGGGGAGGGAUUUUUUGCGACCAAGAUCUGAACUUCUGCACACAUCACAAACCCUGUGCCAACGGGGCCACGUGCAUGAACACAGGUCAGGGCAGCUACACCUGCACCUGCCUGCCGGGUUUCACUGGUGUCAACUGUGACUUGGAGGUCAGGCAGUGUGACAGCCGGCCCUGUCACAACGGAGGCCGCUGCCUGGUUUCUGAGGACGGCUACGUGUGCGUCUGUCCACAGGGCUUUGAAGGGACACGCUGUGAAAACAAGAUGCUGACGUGUGCGGACACGCCCUGCUUCCACGGAGGCAAAUGCAAAGAAAGGGGGGAUGGGAAAAGUUACGUCUGCGAGUGUCCAGCAGGAUACACUGGACACAACUGUGAGAGGAAGGUGAAUAAAUGCACCUCCCUGCAGUGUGUAAAUGGGGGACACUGCGUGGUCCAGGGUAACCUCCGACUGUGCAGCUGUCGAUCGGGCUUCGCAGGACUGCGCUGCGAGAUCAACAUCAACGAAUGUUCCAGUAACCCCUGUGCAAACGGUUCCACGUGUGUCGACCGCAUCAAUGACUACACCUGUGUCUGCCCCCCCGGCUACACGGGUCGCCACUGCGACAGGCUAAAAGACGGCUGCGCCUUUCGACCCUGCCAGAAUGGGGGCACCUGCGUUAUCGGAGCCAAAGGCCGGCCCGCCUGCAUCUGCCCCGACGGUUACACCGGAGCCCGGUGCCAGUCUGGCGACGUGCCUUUAGCCGUGACGCCCGGUCCCAACGUGGGCUGGGAGUCUGGGGACCAGCUGGUGGCCAUCAGCCUGGGUGCAGGUCUGGUGGCUGUCCUGGUGCUGCUGUGCAUGGUGGUGGUUGUGAUACGUCACGUCAGGAAACAGAGAGCGAAGGAGCAGGACUCAGAGACCAUGAACAACCUCUCCAAGCUCGACUACCAGAAGGAGAACCUCAUAUCCACCCUGGAGCUGAAGAACACCAAUAAAAAGAUAGACUUGGAGGUGGACUGUCCCAAGGAGAAGUUAAAUCACAAACACAUCAACGACUACCACCUGGACUACAAAAGCUCCGUGGGGUACAGGGACGAAAUGUGCCUUCUGGACAAAGAUGAAAACUGUGAAAAGAUGACAGAAGACAAACAGCAUUUAAGUAGAAAGUACAGAGAAAGGCCAGAGUGUAGGAUAUCAACGAUAUGUUCAUCUAGAGAUUCAAUGUAUCAGUCCGUCUUUGUAAUAGCAGAGGAGAAGAACGAAUGCAUCAUCGCAACGGAGGUAUAACACAUGGAUUAGAGUUAUUGUUAAUGUUGGACUUCCUCUGGACUGUUUACACGUGUAAAGAGACUGGGAUUUAUUUAAAUGAAAGUUGCUGCUUUUGAAAAAAAAAAACACAAAAAACU